AUGUCACGCUUCUCCCAUCUCGACACGGACGAGGAACGUCUCCCGCACGGCAUGCGCCGCGUGGGCUACGACGCCGACACCCAAGUCUACACCUACCAGGACUCGGACGGAAGCUACUGGGAAGGCGCGCCCGGCGCUCAAUACGGGCAACUCACGCAGGUCUCAGGCGCUUCGUCCGCCGGCGCCGUGGCCACCGAGGAAGCCGAGCCCUUCAUGCCGGGGGGAUCGGGAUCCGGGCUCAGUCGACGGCCGCAGCAGCUGUGGAACGAGAGAAAGGGGUGGAGGCAGGAGAUGAAGCCGCUUCUCAACUUCUUCGUGCUCAUCGGUCUGUUCCUGCUCGUCCUCACGUGGUGGCUCUACCGCACGCCGACGGCCGAGGAGCAGGUCGCCGUGCCGAAGUGCGGGGCCCAGGCGGUGCCGUACAAGAUCGAGGUCGGGAAUACGUGCUGGGCCAUUGCCGAGGGCCAAAAGAUGACUAUUGACGAUCUGAUCAAGGCCAACGAGGGCCUGGAUUGCGAUAAGUUGCGGCCCGGGACCUUCAUUUGCAUGCCUACGUUAGGGUAG